AUGGCUCGAGACAUUCGUUCGAAGGCGCUGGAGCGAAUCGCCGCCCUCUCGGCUUCCAAGCCUACGGCACCAUUCGAGAAGUCGGACCUGGACCGUCUCUGCAGGGCCUGCCCUAGCCAUACGAGGGCGAGAAGUAACACGAAUGGGUCCGAACCUCGGAAGUCCUCGUCUCUAGGGCGAGUUCCCAUGACAAUCCGAGAGUUCGAAGUCCUGUUGUCUCUUUGCAAAGCCGCUCCGCUGGUCCAAAACAGCCAGAACGCUCAGAGGCUUACCCGGCAAUUGUCCCCCUACUUGCUCGACGCCCAUUUCCAGGAAUUUGCGCCCUCGCCGUUCUACCGAAGAAUCGAGCCCUCCCCAACCGAAUCGCUUGCCUAUCAUGUAACCUCGGCUCUGCUUUGUCUUGGGAAUCACGAUGCCGACAUAUACGAGAACGUCUCCGCCAACGUAUCAGUCUUCUUGAAAGCUUGUGCGCGUGCAAGUGAGAGUCUGAUGGCCGCGCAGGGAGAGGGAGGCGGCGAUGUGAGCCUCGCGGAUGCUAUACAGACAGCUUCAAUUGCCGUCGCUUUGCUGGGCUUCCUCGACGCAGCGGCGGCUCAGGCCGACUUUUGGAAGGUGGGAGGUCGACUGGCUCUCAUACAACGACUGCAGAGGUUGCUGAACGAGAAAUUCCUGAUUGCUGUGGAGACCUCUUUCUCAAAGAUUCGCAACUCUCACUCCCAUGAUCGUCCGGCUAAGGAAUGGAGACGGUACCUGCGCCACUACCAGGAAGUUCGGCGACCCUUGGGAGCGAUGCUUCUUCAGCAGAGGUUCAUGCUACUCGUCACGUCUUCGACGUCGCUUUUGGUCGCAGAGAACUCGGCUCUGAAAAAGACCCAUGUCCUUGAUCUGUUGAUGGCAGGCGAAGGGCUUCUUCGACCCGGUACUGCCAGGAGUGGAAACGGGGACACGAGUUCUGUCGUGACUUAUUCAAACAUUGUCAUCGACCAAUUGAACUAUCUGGAGUCCAGCGCAGAUUUCAUUCGUAUGAGCUCUUCGUCACAACAGAAGAUAGCUUGUGCAGUCAAGGCGGCAGCAUUUAUCAGCUACCUCAACUGCUCUAGACUCAACGAAGACGCGGCGGACACCGACACACUGAUGGCGUGGUUGGAAGAUACAGUGAUUGAUCCUGACCAAAUGGCGGAUGAGGAUCUGGCUUCCGUCGUUCUUCGAUCCAUGGCGAUUGUCUGCAGAAUGUCUCCUACACAUGGCGCCAAUGUUAGCCGCUUGCUGCCCCGAUUUAUUGUGCAAGGCCGAGCUCCAAGUCAUAUCGUCGUAAUGGCUUCUCAAUGCUUGGCUUAUGUGCUUCGGAUGCUAUCAACCGAUGCAGUCAUCACCACACUGUACACCCUGGGCAAUGUGCUCAGCCCUACUACCGAGGAGAAUGAUAAAGCCGACUUUGCGCUCGAAAACAGCGAUUCGCAGGUCUACCGAGGACGACAAUCAACAGGAAGCUCGAUAUCUCUUCAAUUCCUUGGUGAAGAAGAGACGUCCACGGUGUACAUCAAUGUCGUUGAUGCAAUUUGUGGCAUAGCGACUGCUUGCAACGACGAGAAGAUCUCUGCUCUAGCCCAGUCUAUCCUACUCCAAAAAUAUGACAGGAUCAGCAAUGUGGUGGACGCUAGAGUUAUUACUGGAGCAGCGGUGCUGUCACUGAGUGCAGGACAGCUCGAAUUCCGCUCUCUACUCAAGAGUUUUGCACGCAUUGCCCAUUCUGCUGUGGUGGACAAUCGAGUCAUCAUUCUGCACGCGUUAACCGCGGCCAGGAAUCACAUAUCUGCCAAUCUUCACCGGGAUUCCCAGCUCUAUGACAUCUACUGGGACCACAUGCUUGAUAGCAUCGUAUCGAAGGGGGAUGUGUCUCAAACCAGUCACGCCAAGGAGUCCGACAUGGAACUUGCCGCCAAAGAGAUUGCUGAAUUGCUUCAGCCGUUGGCCGUAUUCAUGUCCGCAAACGACCUGGCUACGUACAAUUGGUCAGAUGACGAGUCGCACGCCAUGCUACGCGAUGCAUGGUUCAACAUCGUUGUACACGGCUUCAAUCCAGUCACUGAGCGCGGCAAGAAGUAUGCAGACGAUCUGCGGGUCAUAGCCAUCCAUUCGCCGCCGCUGGUCGCCGAGCAGCGUGGCGAGCAGGUUGAGAGUGACAUUGAGCUCAACACAGUGCUUCGAAGAGGCAUGAGCUCCGACAGAGAGUCACUGCAAAAGAAACACCUGAUCGAGCUGGUGUCGUCUAAAGCGUCUGACAUCAAGGGCUUGAGCUACCGCAAAGUCAUCUUCUUACACACCGCCUACCUCGUUGAAAGCUUAAGAGCCGAAUCGGGUGAUUGCACCAAGGUGCUGUCAUACUUCCUCGAGCCGAGCAUGCGGAAGGGUGAUGUAAGCAGUGUCAUGGAGGGCAUCACGGGUGUUGUUGUAGAGAAAUACUUAAGGAAAACGCUCGGUGGCGUCAACAACACCUUCUCUGCGCAAUACGCAGCGUCACAGUUGGCCACGAUCUUCUGCAAUUGCUGUCACAGAAUCGAGCGCGUCCAACAGGCAGCAUAUGCCUGCGCCGACCGCAUCAUUCGUGACGUCCCCUCGGCCUUGUGCCGUCGAUCCUCACUGUUCGCCUUGCUAGAGCUGCUGUCUCUGAUGUGGGCAAGCUGUUUGGAGGCAGAGACAGAGAUGUAUGAGCCGAGGUCGACUUUCACUUCCGAACGUGGGAACGUGACAGUUGAGCUGUCCGAUGAUUACAUGUUCAGAAAGUUCACCCUGAAUCGGCUGUACAAGGCCGCCAGAGGUUGGGUUUCGACAGCCAUCAACCUGUCACCAGCGGACGUCAAGGGGCUGUUGCAAACUCACCUUUCCGAAUUCGAUGAUGAAGGCGCUUAUGGCCAUGUGUCUCUUGGCAGGUCCUUUGCGAUGGAACUCGGGUCCGCCAUUCCAGUAUCAGAUCAGAGGCUGAUCUCGAUUGACGGAGUCGGCGAGGCCAACAUCAACACAGCUUCAGACUUCAUUGCUCAAUAUACCACACGCCAGGAAUACCGCUAUGCAGAGGCGUUGCCAGACCACAGUCUGGAGUGGUUGACAUUUAUGCGAAUUGACAGGAGGGCGUCUUAUUUGUCAGGUGCUGACACGGAGAGUGCCGACGCAGUUACAGCUUUGGCCCAUAUUGAGAAUCGCAUCUUACAGAAGCGAAACACGCCGAUGGUCGACGUUCGUGAUAUCCUUCGUCGCGCCGCUGCUCUGUUAUGUCGCAGCGAGUCAGGACAGGAAUGUGCGGUUGCGCACCAUCUCGUGAGCAUACCAUUCGCCAUGUUUACGAAGCAGGCCAUGAAGCUUGGAAUCUCAUUGUGGUUGGGGGUGAUGAACGAAAAUCCUAUCUGGGAGCCUCGGAUUCUCAAUGAGAUCACGCAGCAGUGGGAGCUCAGCAUCCACAAAAAGCUUGGCCUGUUCAGCAUUGCGAUCACAUCCCCAGACCCAUUCUUUCUCAAGGAAGAAUUCGCUCCUAGUGACCAAGAGGCUCUUACAAAACGCAAACAAUUAGUUCACAACCUUCUUUCGCCGCAUGCUCGCCUGUUGGAGUUCCUCGGCAGCCAUUUCAACGCGACGCGACUGGGUAGUCCCGACACACAGAAAGUACUCGUCAGACUACUCGAUGUCACAAUGGAGGAGUUGGCGAAGGCCACGCCUCACCCACUGGCGAGAGAAAUCAGACUCCAGCUUGUUCUGUUUGGGCUGAAAGUCCUGCGCACUUCAACGACAAUUGGUCCAGUGUCACAAUGGCGUUUGAAAGACAAACUUCUGUCUGCAGCUUUGAGUUGGUUCUGCCAUGCCCCCAAGUGGUCCUUCGGUAGCAACAUGCUACAGAUGAAGACAGAAAUUCGCCUCAUCACAGAUGUUAUCAACGCUGUCAAGGCCGUCGGCUUCAUUGGAGCUCACUCCGUGGGCACUUUCAGGUCCCUGCAGGCCCUUCAAUCCAAAGAACAGCUCUUGCUACUCUUGUUGGAGAGCGAACAGUCUAGGCUAACCGUUUGGGUCUAUCCUCUGAGCGAGCCGACCCAACGGCCAUCGACCUUGAUUCACACUGGCAAAGGGGCACUCGAAAAUGCGCUGCUUCCCUUGAUCCGUACGGCAUGGGUUGAGAGCCCCUCGCUUGCGAUAGAGCUUUGCACAAGAUUCCAGUCUCCCCGAGUCCUCAAGGAGAUUCGAAUGUUGCUUCUCGCAUACCCUGAGAAGGCUGUAUCGGAGCCCGAAGCUCUACCAAUCCUUCUGGGCGGGGUCCUACCCAGUGAUGUCAACAGCCAGUUGAGAUCCCUAUUGUUCUGGGCUCCCGUGAAUCCCAUCACCGCAGUCACGUAUUUCCUCCCAGCGUAUCAGAACCACCCAUUCCUCAUCCAAUAUGCCAUGCGGGCGCUUGAGAGUCACUCUGUUGAUGUGACCUUUUUCUAUGUCCCUCAGAUCGUGCAGACACUUAGAUAUGAUGCACUGGGUUACGUUGAGCGUUACAUCAUAGAGACUGCGCAAUUCUCUCAACUCUUUGCCCACCAGAUCAUAUGGAACAUGAAGGCCAACUCCUACAAAGACGAUGACGCCCAAAUUCCCGAUGACAUCAAACCUACCUUGGACAAGGUGAUGGAGAGAAUGGUUGACAGCUUUGACCCUGUUGAUCGAGAAUUCUACGAACGAGAGUUCACAUUCUUCGACGAGGUUACCGGUAUUUCAGGUAAACUGAAACCUCUGAUCAAGAAGUCAAAGCCGGAGAAGGCGCAAAAGAUUGAAGAGGAGCUCCGCAACAUCAAGGUCGAAGUUGGAGUCUAUCUUCCCAGUAACCCAGAUGGCGUUGUCAUUGGCAUUGACCGGAAGUCUGGUAAGCCACUUCAGAGUCACGCAAAAGCGCCUUUCAUGGCCACCUUCCGGAUUAAGAAGGACAAGGGAGGCUUGGAGGAAACGGGCAGCAUGAUCGAGGAGACAGUGGAACGUGGUGUGGCUCCUGGCCCCUCAGAGCAAACGAUCGAGGUGUGGCAGUCGGCCAUCUUCAAGGUCGGCGACGACUGCCGACAAGACGUCCUCGCGCUACAGAUGAUCGCCGCCUUCCGUGGUAUCUUCCACAGCGUUGGGCUGGACGUGUACGUUUUCCCGUAUCGUGUGACCGCCACAGCGCCAGGCUGCGGUGUCAUCGAUGUGCUGCCCAACUCGGUAUCCCGUGACAUGCUCGGCCGUGAGGCUGUCAACGGGCUGUACGACUACUUCAUCUCCAAAUACGGCAAUGAGGACUCGCUGCGGUUCCAGCAGGCGCGCAACAACUUUGUCAAGUCAAUGGCGGCGUACUCGCUCAUCUCGUUCCUCCUGCAGUUCAAGGAUCGUCACAACGGCAACAUCAUGAUCGACGACGCGGGCCACAUCCUGCACAUCGACUUUGGUUUCUGCUUUGACAUCGCACCGGGCGGCAUCAAGUUCGAGCGCGCCCCGUUCAAGCUGACAUCGGAGAUGGUCGCCGUCAUGGGCGGCAGCACGAACCACCAGUCGUUCAAGUGGUUCGAGGAGCUCAUCGUCAAGUCGUUCCUGGCAAGCCGCACGCACGUCGAGAAGCUGAGCCAGAUCGUCCUGCUCAUGAUGGACAGCGGGCUGCCGUGCUUCAAGCCCGAGAGCGUGGAGCACUUCAAGCAGCGCUUCGUGCUGGAAAAGACCGAGAGGGAGGCGGCCGACUUCAUGAAGGAGCUGGUCCGCAAGAGCUACUCGAGCUACUCGACGGGCAUCUACGAUCAGUUCCAGCUGAUGACCAACGGUAUUCCCUAUUAG